CCUAGUACGGUCCUGUCGUUCAGACGAGGUCUGUCAAAAGAGGUUUAGAGUUUGACUUUGUGGUUAGUUUUAUGCGUUAUAGAUCGAACGUUUGUGAUUUUUGUAAUUUAACAUUCGUUUAACACUGAAUUGUAAUGAAAAACAAGAAGGAAAUGCGUAAAAAACGGGACAGCAGUUCAUCGUCUUCGAGUUCUUCAAGUUCAUCCAGCAGCGAGUCUGAGAAAAGUCGCUCUAAGUCGCCAGCAAAAAAAAGUAAACAAGACAACAAUCCAAAACAUUCAAGAGACUCUUCAAAACAUUCAAGACUUCGAUCGCCGGUUAAGGAUCGCGAUGUAAAAUCUAAGUGGGACAGUCCUGAUGAACGAGUGGAUAAAAAACGAACAUCGGAACAUGGCAGGAGAGAUAAACCAUUACCAGAUGACUAUAGACACAGUAAAUCAUCAGACAACCACAGAUUAGAACGAUCCCGAGAGCGGAGACCUAGGGACAACAGUAGGGACAGAGAAAAUGCUAGAGAUUUAAAUAACAGGGGUGAUAGAAGAUCAAGCAGGGAUGGUAGGGACAAUAAUCAGAGCAGGCAUAGGGGCAGCAGCAGAGAUCAUUCCACACAUAGAAAAACAUUUGAGAGGGAUACAAGGGAUAGAAGGAGAGACAGAAGCAGAUCUCCACAGAGGUUUAAGAGCAGAAGACGUGGCCGGAGUCGCAGUAAAUCGUUUGAUCACUCGAAAGCGGUGUGGGGAAAGGAUCAGCCGGACAAAAAGGCUCCAGAAGCGCCGAAAGAAAAAGAAAAACCCAACUUUGGUCUCUCUGGCAAGCUAACCGAAGAAACCAACACGUAUAAAGGCGUCGUUAUUAAGUAUAGCGAACCUCCGGAGGCACGCAAACCUAAACGCAGAUGGCGGCUGUAUCCCUUCAAAGGUGAAAAGGCUAUGCAAACACUUUACAUUCACCGGGAAAGCGCUUACUUGAUAGGGCGAGAUCGAAAAGUGGUUGAUAUUCCAGUUGACCAUCCGAGCUGCUCGAAACAACAUGCUGCCCUGCAGUACAGGCUGGUGCCGUUCACUCGUGAGAAUGGUUCUGUUGGUAAGAGAGUGCGGCCGUACCUAAUUGAUUUGGAAUCUGCAAAUGGGACGCUCAUCAACAACAAGAAGAUUGAAUCAAAGAAGUAUAUCGAGUUGUUGGAGAGGGAUGUUAUCAAGUUUGGGUUUAGCUCGCGUGAGUACGUUGUUCUGCAUGAGAACAGCAAGGAUGAGGCGCAGGAUGAUGAUGUCAACGAUGAGCAAGUUGCACCACCUCCGUCUGCUUCUGCACCCGACGGGGAUAACCCAGCUGCAGCAGCCACAACUUAAAAUAUUGAUCCUACAGUGUAGGAAGUUAUACAUAUUUAAGUAUUCGUGUACAAGCAAAUGUUACAUAAUCGAUAUAAUUAAACCCUACAAGUUCACUGGGAACCUUUCCCCUUUUCUUUCAUUUUAUAUUCCCGUUUCUCCAUUCUUUUGCAUCACCCAAUUCCUUAGACAGUGGUAGAAAAUGUUCACCGAAACAUUUUUAAAAUAUUUUUAAUGAGUGGCAUGGAAAACAUCCUUUAUCUCCUGUUUUAAUUGGGCAAUUUGUGGUUGUUUAUCGUCAUGUUGUAGCUUAUUAGAUUCUCUUCAAAAUGCACAUUUUAGCGACCCUUAAAUACUUCAGGAUGUGCCCUAAAAUGCCUAUUAAAACAUGAGAUUUUUCACAAUUUUUCAAAUAUGCUGCAGAAAAUACCCUGUAUCUUGUGAACCAAUAAAGCAAUUUAAUGUUCUUACUA